AUGCGCGCGUCGAGCGUGGAAGAACUCCGCGCGGCGCUGCUGUCGCAGCGCAAGCUCACGGACGAAGCGCUCGCGAAGCUCGACGACUGCGUCGGCGCCGCGGACGACGGCGACGGCGCGCCGUCCGCGUCCCCGCGCUCGGACGUCAGCAGCUCGUCCUUCUUCGUGGACGCGGAGAAGCUCGGCGUCGUCGCGAAGGAAGUCCUCGCGCACCUCGACAGCUGGACGUCGACGUGGAAGCGCGCGCUGCGGUCGCUGGACUCCCCGGCGUCGUCGCCGGAGCCGGGGGGCGGGGAGCGCGCGGAGGACGCCGCGACGAGGGUGCCGCACAAGCCGCGCGCGAUGCAGGGCGUCGGGCCCGCGAUGGGGGGACUGGACCUCGGGGAGCUGCGGCGGAAGAUCUCGAGCGCGAAGAGCGCGCCGGAGGAUGGCGGGUUCGGCGGGGGCGGCGCGCGCACGGUCGAGGUCGUGCCCAUCGGAGGGAAGACGAUGGCGAGAGACGCGCCCGCGGGAGGAGACGGUAAGCCGCCGUGGAUGAAGGAGCUGGCCGCGAGGAAGGCGCGCGACGCCGAGAGUUGA